AUGAAGACGACGAAAGGAGGGAAAGUGAUGAACCCUACUGAUGCUUACCGCAAGCAGAUUCGCAAGAGGGAAAUUAAACGUAACAAGAAAGAGAGGCAGAAGGUAAGAGAGGUGGGGAUUUUGAAGAAGGAUCCGGAACAAAUCAAGGAACAGAUCAGGAAACUCGAUAUGUCAAAGGCUGAAGGUGCUUUGGACAAAGCGAGAAAACAUAAAAAGAGACAGCUUGAAGAUACUCUAAAGAUGGUUGUGAAGAAGAGAAAGGAAUUUGAUGAGAAAAAGAAGGAACAAGGAGAGGCAUCAACAUCUGUUAUGUUCAGUCACCUACCCGCCCAACGAAGAACAACAGGAGAAGAGGACUUAAAACCAGAGGACUCUGUUUAUUAUCACCCUACUUUGAACCCGACUGGUGCACCACCUCCCGGAAAGCCACCAAUGUAUAAUUCAUCCAUAGGACCUAGAAUCUCCUCUGAUGGUGCUUCAUCUAGUGGUGCUGCUGCAUUGUCUUCCAAUACCGAGUCAGAAGAUUCCGCCUUAGUUGCUCCUCCCCUGCCUCCACUUCCUCCUCUACCGGAUGUGGAUAAUGCUCUAUCUGCUUCUUUGCCUCUUCCACCUCCACCUCCUUUGCCGCCAACCACAGGCCAUACUUUGUCACAUGCACCAUUUCCACCACCGCCUCCGGGCCCAGCACCUAGAGAGCAGGAUUUGGUCCGUCCUCCUCUUCCUCCACCCCCUCCACUUCCUCAAUCUUCCCAACCGCCUCCUCCUGGUCUAACUGGAAACGAAGGCGAUGGUAGAUUCCCUGAAUCAUCAAAUCAAACCUUCUACGAGCACAAGAACGCUAAUGUAACUUCCGUCCCUCCUCCCCCACCACCGACGAAGCCUCCAAGCAACGACUCUGAGAGUGGCCCAUCAGAAUCUAUCGCGACUAGUUUUCAAAACGCUAACUUCUCUAAGAUGGUUGCACCACCACCGCCACCACCUUUACAUCAGCAACACCAAUCAGCGUUUCCAGGAGCUCCUGCUUCACUAAAUAAUUUUCAGCAUGAUGUUUUUCUGCCUCCAGGAAUGUUGCGUUUUCCACCUCCACCGCCUCCACACGAUAUGCAUCCUCCUCUUCCGGGAAUGCCUGGUGGUCAUCUAAUGCCGAGGCCACCGUAUGGACCACCACCUGGACCGCCUCCUAUGAUGAGACCGCCGCUUCCACCGGGACCACCACCGUCUAGUUUCCAAGACAGUCAAGCAAUGAUCAGACCAUAUGUACCAAACAAACCAUCUUUUGUAAAAUCCGCUGCUCCUACAGUUGUCAGGCGACCACUCGCUCAUCACACACCUGAGCUUACAUCCAUGGUCCCUGCCUCCGUUCGAGUGAGAAGAGAGUCAGCAACUGUAACCAAACCAAAGCCAAAGACAUCGAUAGCCUCGAGCUUGAGUUUUACACCGAGAGCUAUGGCUAACACUGCACCAGUGAAGGUAGAGUCAGCCAAGACAUCUGCAGCUUCAAAGCCACCGAGCAUUGAUGAUUCUUACUCAGCUUUCUUAGAGGACAUGAAAGCUCUUGGAGCACUUGAUGGAUAG